GGGAAGACGUUCGAGCUCCUCAAUUGUGACAAGCACAAGGCGCUGCUGCUGCGGAACGGCCGAGACCCCGCGGAGGUGCGGCCCGACAUCACCCACCAGAGUCUACUUAUGCUCAUGGACAGCCCCCUGAACCGGGCUGGUCUCCUGCAGGUUUACAUCCAUACCCAGAAGAAUGUGCUAAUUGAAGUCAAUCCCCAAACCAGAAUCCCAAGAACUUUUGAUCGAUUCUGUGGUCUUAUGGUUCAGUUGCUGCAUAAGCUCAGCGUUCGAGCCGCUGAUGGGCCUCAGAAGCUGUUGAAGGUCAUUAAAAACCCAGUCAGUGACCACCUCCCCGUGGGCUGUAUGAAGAUUGGCACCUCCUUUUCGGUGCCAAAGGUGUCAGAUUUGCGUGAAUUGGUCCCUGCAGAGGAACCAGUUGCCAUUGUGGUGGGAGCUUUUGCCCAUGGUUCAGUCAAUGUUGACUAUACAGAGAAGAUGGUCUCUAUCAGCAACUACCCCCUCUCUGCUGCUCUGACGUGUGCCAAAAUUACUACUGCCUUUGAGGAGGUCUGGGGAGUAGUAUGA